AUGCUCUCCGUCAAGUGGACAAGCCUCUUGUCCGUUCUUCUAGUCGCAGCGGCGCUCGCUGACCCAGCUGCAUCUAGCCUCGUCAAGCGUGCCAAGAAGAUCGAUGCCGGCGGCGAUACGAAGGCUGCUGCGGGCACCCAGAUUGUCUUGGACACCAUCUUCAGCACGGCAUGGAAUUACAGCACCGGUGACUUUCCCGAGAAAUCGAUCAACCUGACCAACGGCGACGCCAUCAUCGGCAUCGAUGUGCACGACAAUCGAGCCCUGCAGCAGAUGAUCGGCGCUGGCUGCGGCAUAACCGACUCUGCCUCGAUUGCGCUACAAGCCGUCAAGCAGGCAAACCGGGACCAGUACGACGAGCUGAUGCGCACUUUCUUCGACCAAUCGCCCGAGUGGGCCAUCGAAAAGGGAGGCGCAGGCCUCAACAUCGUCCGCUCCCCCAUCGGCGCGAGCGAUUUCGCAACGUCCGUCUACUCGUACGAUGACACGGCUGACGACUCGCCCGACACGAGCCUCUCCCUGUUUACAAUCGACCGCGCACCCAAGAUGUGGCAGACACACAUGGACAUCCAGAAGAUCAACGCCCGCGUCAAGCGCAUGUGGGCGCCCUGGAGUCCUCCCGACUGGAUGAAGUACAAUGGCACCGUAGGCUCAGGUCAGAUGAUCGGCGGGCAGCUACAGCCAAAGUACUACGACGUCUACGCCAAGUACUUAGCUAGGUCGAUGCAGGCCAUCAAGCAGAAGCUGGGCAGCUCGCCCUGGCAACUCAGCAUCCAGAAUGAGCCCAUGUACCUGCCCGACAAGUACCCAGGCAACAAGAUCAACGCGACGGACGCGGCGACCAUUGGCGGGUACACGCGCCAGUAUCUCGACGCCUACGGCCUGAAAGACGUAACUCUCACGGCCUACGACCAUAAUUGGGACCACGCCGAGUAUCCGACGAAGGUCUUCGAUUCGACCAAGGCCUUCGACUCCGUCUCGUGGCACUGCUACGGUGGGGACCCGUCUGCGCAGGACGACUUCAACAAGGCCUUUCCCGGUCGCACGACAAUUAUGAGCGAGUGUACGCGCAUUACGCAGAAUAACGAGGAGCCGUGGAGUAAUCUGCGCAAGUCGGCUUCGCAGUUCUUGACCGAGGCGAUUGAGCAUGGCACGCAGGCGGUGGUGCUCUGGAAUUGUGCUUUGACUGUUGAUGAGAAUGGGUUUACUACGCCCCACCUACCCAACGUCUGCUCCAACUGCGCUGCUCCUGCCCUGCUUCCACAGGCUAUGACGGGCAACGCCAAGAUCCAGUCCCAAACUCAGCCUCCUAGCCGGCGUAGCGGCGUGACGACGGACAAGUCCAAAGCCUCGGGCAAAGGGCCCUUUGGCACCCACAUCCUCCCCGCCUACGUGCCCCCUGGCGGCCCCAUCGACACGCACGGAAAGUUCCGCCUCACCUCUGACUUCUCCGUUCUCGCCCACCUCAGUCGUGCCAUCCGCCCGCGUAAUCGCGAGGAGCAGUGGGCCGUCCGUGUGGGUGCCUCGACGACGGAGGAGGCCAACGACUUCCCCGACGGGGAGCGAAUCAAGGUGCAGGCGUACCGUACGUCUAUUGGGUCGGAUGGGAAGAGGAGGUGGUCGCUUACCCUGCUGCAGAAGCAUGACCAUUUCCUCUCGGGAGUGUACAAUGAUGUGACGGCUACGAUCAAGUUCAGGGGGAUGGUCGCGAAUGUUACGUUGCCUGUUGGGCUGCACACGUUGACGUGGGUUGCUUGACGGGGGGCAUGACGUGACUCAUUGCGAUGCUGUCGUGCUUCUCUGCUGCUGUCAUUCUUGUGUCUCGAUAAUCAGAACACUACCUUUGUGUGUCUACGCGCGUCGUAGUCGCCAACCGCAUCGAUGUGUGUUGGAAUGAGCG